UGACACACACAACGAUUUCUCAGAAUUACUGCAGCUGCUCCAGAGCUUUAGCAUUACUGCACUUCUGCACAACAUGAGCUCUCCGAGGAAAGCGACUACUGAACCUCAUGUCAUCGAAGAGGAGCUGAUAGCAAGUGGAAAAUGGGUGAAGCUUGAGAAGACCACAUAUGUGGAUCCAUCUGGAAGCAUCAGAACAUGGGAAACAGCAAAGAGAACAACACGAGUCACCAACAUUUCCUCUGAUGCUGUAGCAAUCAUAGCCCUUUUGAAGAGGACUCUACAUAAAGACUGUGUUGUAAUGGUGAGGCAGUUUCGUCCACCCAUGGGAUGCAACACACUGGAGUUUCCUGCAGGUCUGAUAGAUGACAAUGAGACUGUUGAAACUGCUGCUUUGAGAGAACUAAAGGAGGAAACGGGUUACAAAGGGGAGGUGGUGGGCGUCACUCCAGUCACAUGUUUAGACCCGGGCUUGUCUAACUGCACCACACAGAUGGUGAUGGUACAUAUCAAUGGAGAUGACACUGAAAAUAUAAACCCCACUCAGCAGCUGGAAUUUGUGGAGGUUAUUCUUCUACCUCUGAACGAAUUUCAACAAAAAAUUGAUGAGCUGCUGAAGAAAGAGAAAAUAGUGGUGCAAUCUAUGGUGUAUAUUUAUGCUAUGGGAAUGUCACAGGCCUUCUUUAAACCCAGAGAGUUGCCUGUGCUGAAGCAGUGAGAUGCACAAAUCUCUCGCCUGGAACACACUAAAGACAGACUCUCGUGAGAACAUUCCUAAUAAACUAACUGUACUUAAUUAAGAGGUAUUCAUUGUUUUCACAGUUUUACAAUUCAUUAUAAAAUAGAUAGGAACUUACCUAAAAGUGCAGGUCUAUUCUGUGAAUUAUUUUGAGCAUGUCCUGUCUGAUGUUGGCCUGUGAUAACAAAAGAAGUCCAUAAAAAAUAUAGUGUCACAAAAAGACUCUCUAUAAGAAAGGUACUUUGUAUUAUGAUCAGAACUUGGAGUAGAUCUGGUAAAACUGAUUCGGAAGGGUAUUUUUGAUGUACUGUAUCUAUGUAUUCACAUACUAACAUCCAAUUGUCUGUCUAUAGGACUGCAAUACACAGGUAAUUCAAAAACUUUACAGUUUAUGCUGGAUGCAUAUGCAAUGCUGUGUCCCUGGAUAACUAUUAAUUUUUAUCUAAUAAAUUUGACAGUUUACAUUUU